AUGGCUUGUCUUGCUGCCUGCACCCUUUGGCAUAUCUGGAUAGCCAUAUGUGAGAGAGUAUUUGAGAAUAAAAUGCAUCAUCCUAAUAGCAUAAUUCAUAUAAUAAGGCAUUGCAUACAUUCUUUCUCUAACUCAAAUCUCUCUGUUAAAUCUAGGGACUGCAUUGUUCCUAACCAUUGGAAGAAACCACCUGUCAAUUGGUUGAAACUAAACAUUGAUGCUUCAGUUAAAGAUAAAAAUUCUAAUGCUGGUUUUUCCUUAAUCUUUCGUGAUCAUACAGGGAAAUUCUUGGGGGCCAUGGCAUACUCAGCAGUAGCAAGGGACAUCCAUCAAGCUGAAAAUCUUGUCCGCCUUCAAGCUCUCAGAUGGAUAAAGGAUUUAGGAUUCAAACAAGUUAUCAUUGAAGGAGACAAUCAGGCUGUAAUUAAUUGUUGUAAGGGAACUGUCAAAGGCAUCAAAUGGGAGGAUCAAAAUAUAUUGUUGGAGUGUCGAUCUUUAUUUCAUAGUUUAGAGUUGUGUGAAGUUUCUUUUCAAACAAGGUUAUGUAACCAUGUAGCUGAUAAGCUAGCGAAAUUUGCUAGGUCUAGUGUGCACUUUCAAAUUUGGUGGGAUGAUCCACCAAAUAUCAUAAGUCAGGCUUUAGAACAGGAUUCUUAUAUGGGAAUCCCUGGUUUGAUGCCUAAUAUGCUAAAAACCCUUCAUGCACAAAAGCCCAAGCCUACACCAACAGAAAAAUAA